AUAGAACUUUAAACCGAAUAGAAUAUAUAGAUUAUACAAAUUCGAUUAUGGAGGGCAGUGUGACUCAAUGUAAGUUUGCGAAAUUUUUGAAUGGCAUUGCGCAUGCGUUAAAGCAUGUUGCUAAGAGUAACGUGAUGCUUCCUUGAGACUGGAAACACAGAUUUAGUCUCCGAAAAACAUUCAACAUAGAUGGACAUUAACUCUAAGUAGUCCAAUAUAAGUGUAUUCCUGAGAAAACCAAGUAUUUAAACAACAUGGCUACGGCUUAUCAUAUGGAAGCGUUACGGAAGCAAAGAGUUAUUGAAAGGAAAAACCAAGCAACAGAAACUUUUACAGAAAAUCAGCCAACCAUGGGAAUGCCAGCUAGUGACAUGAAUGAAUAUAAUGCAAUGACAUCAAAAACUCAAUACCCUAACAACAGUGCAAGAUAUGACAACUGCAGCACACCAGGAGAUAAACCUUGGGUCAUCACACAUGACACUAACUUCCAUAAUCGUGUAGAUAAACGCAAUGUACAUGUGGACUCGAUUUAUUCUGUUAUGUAUCCCCCUCCCCCUGGGUCAUCUUCUGAACCAAUAGCACGAAGAACCCGCAACCAACAACGUCAUUAAAUAAUGAACACAGUUGUUAAGGAAAGUUGGACUGAUCCAUUCAAGGAUAAACCCUCAUAUCCCAUUAAACAUAGAAAAGUGGACAAUUGGCCGGAGGAUAAAAUGUAUCCAAUCCUUAAUCCAGCUGAAUAUAACCACAAAAUACCACGAGAAGACUUGCCCAAAAGAAAACCUCAUUAUAAAGUUUAAACAUUGACUUUUAGAAACCCCGGCCAGUCCCUAAAUUUAAUUUAACAUACAUUUUAGAAUCUGGUCAAUUAACAAUUCAAAAAAUCAUUGAAAUGAAAAGUUUGAGUUAGUUUUAACACCAAUUGCAUGCUCAAUGAAAAUAACAUAACAAAUCAUAAGUGUCUUAGAGUGGUUGAACUUUGUAUGUACUUCAGGCGUCAAAUUGUUCGGAGUGGGGUAGAGCAUGAUAAACAUCAAUACAAUCACAGUCGCAAUGGCCCCCUAUUAGAUGGCACUUGGAAUCAGCUGAAACAGGAACUCAACCAUUAUGCUAUACAUUCUCAUCAAGAUCCACCAAUGGCAGAACUAACAUUGAAAAAAAUAGUUAACCCAAGAAAAUAAACUUCAC